UACGACACUUGAGCUUGUGGCCUAGUUUAUUUAAAGUUCAGAGUUAGGAAAGAUAAGGCUGUGUUUGGCUGUGGAGGCAGGGGAUCAUCGCCAUGAUUAUAACCUUCAUUUCAACUAGUCUCUGCAUCUUUCUACUAGCAGCUCUAGUAAGGUUCUUGCACAAGGUAUGGUGGACCCCGAUUCGAAUUCAACACAAGAUGAGGUCGCAAGGAAUCAAAGGCCCUCCUUACAGAUUUCUCCAUGGGAAUACCAAGGAGAUCAUCCAAAUGGAAGAAGAAUCCAUGAUCAGCACUACUCCAGUGGACUACUCAUCCCAUCAUAUUUUCCCAAGAAUUAUGCCUCAUAUUCAUGCAUGGAAGCAGCUAUAUGGGAAAAACUAUUUAAUCUGGCAUGGUUCUCAAGCUCAAUUGGUUGUCACUGAACCUGAGUUGGUUAAAGAGAUACUCAAUAACAAAGAUGGAGCAUUUACUAGACCAAAGGUCGAUGUUUUGAUCAAGAAGUUAGUAGGAGAAGGAAUCGGGGCAGCGGAAGGAGAAAAAUGGUCGAAGCUACGCAAAAUAGCCAACCAUGCUUUCUAUGGAGAGAGCUUGAAGGGAAUGGUUCCGGCGAUGAUUUUGAGUGUGGAAGCAAUGCUAGAAAGAUGGAGAAAACACGAAGGAAAUGAGAUCGAGGUAUAUGAAGAGUUUAGGCUCUUGACAUCAGAAGUUAUUUCCCGGACAGCUUUUGGAAGCAGUUACUUGGAAGGCGAGAAUAUGUUUCGCAUGCUGAUGAAGUUGGCAACAAUUAUAGCAAGGAAUAUUUUGAAGAUUCGCUUUCCUGGCAUUGGAAAGAUUUUGAAAUCACACGAUGACAUUGAGUCGGAUGAAAUAGAACAAGCAAUUCGAGAUUUGAUUAUUGGAAUGAUAAACAGAAGGGAAGAGAAAGUGAUGAGGGGAGAAGAAAACGACUACGGGAGUGAUUUUCUUGGAUCGCUUAUAACGGCUAAUCAUGAUCCUGAUGAAAGGAAUAGAAUCUCAGUUGACGAAAUGGUGGGAGAGUGCAAGUUUUUCUACCAGGCUGGACACGACACCGUAAAUGGGGUACUAGCUUGGAGCCUUUGUCUUCUGGCAAUCCAUACAGAUUGGCAAGAGAAGGCAAGAAAGGAAGUGAUUGAACAAUUCGGCCGAGAGAAUCCGAAACCAGAGGGCAUUGCAAGAUUAAAAACUAUAAGCAUGAUUCUGAAUGAAGCUCUGAGGCUAUAUGGACCAGUGCUCACUUUGCAGAGAAGAGUAGAAAGGGAAGUCAGACUGGGGGAGUUUAUUAUUCCAGCCAAUACAGAUUUGAACAUCCCAGUUAUGUCCCUCCACCAUGACGCUGAAAUAUGGGGACGAGACGUUCACUUCUUCAAGCCGGAGAGAUUCGGAGAAGGUGUGGGCAAAGCAACUAAUAACAACAUCACAGGAUUUAUUCCGUUUGGUUUCGGUUCUCAUAUUUGUGUGGGCUCAAACUUUGCAGCAAACGAGUUCAAGAUAGCACUCUCGAUGAUAUUGCAACGCUAUAAGUUCGCCCUCUCUCCAAAUUAUGUUCACUCACCGUCGUUCCUGAAUCUCACGAUUCGCCCGGAGAAGGGAAUUCGAGUCAUACUCACGAAGUUGUAGUUUUUGAAUUGUGAUGUUUAUAAUAGAUGUAGAUGAUUGUAAGAUAUACUACUACCGUUGUCUUACAAUGUUAAUCUGGAGAGUUUUAAUUUCUUUCAA